AUGGCUCUAGAUGGUGCACCGGCAAAAAUAAUCACCAUGAUCAAGACCUAUUAUCGCUCCACUACUGCGAGGGUCCUGGUUCGCAACGACCUUUCCCAACCGUUUGGUAUUCGUUUUGGCGUUCGACAGGGCUAUAUCCCGUCGUCCAUUCUGUUCAACUACACUGUUGACUGGAUCCUCGGGAGGGCUCUACACGAAGGUGACGGUGUUGAGUUUGCACCCGGACUCCGACUGAUUGAUCUCUACUAUGCCGAUGAUAUCGCCUUACUUGCUUCAAGUUUUGGUGAUCUGCAGUCUAUGUUGUCACGGGUUAACGAGGUCGCUAAAUCGGACGGUUUAUCCAUAAGCGCUGGGAAGACUAAAGUGUUUUCGAGCUGCAUCCCAAACCAGGAGAAGGCACCCCUCGAGAUUGAUGGCUGUCAACUUGAGGAAGUAGACAAUUUUAAAUACCUCGGGGCGAGGCUGCUGCCGGAUGGACAGAGUAAGGACGAUAUCGUCCCCCGAAUCAAUGCUGCCCGCUGGGUUUUCUCAAGCCUUCAGAAAUGUCUAUGGAUUCGACGUGACUUCUCCAUCGCCACUAAGAUUCGCGUGUACCGUACAUCUGUCCGGUCUGACCUUCUCUACGGUUGUGAAUGCUGGGCUUUGUGCGUGGAGGACGAGCGAAAACUGGAGGUAUUUGACUACCACUGCCUGCGGACCAUCCUUCGAGUGAAGUUUACCGACUUCGUCUCAAAUGAAGCAGUCCGCGCUCGCUGCGACAACAUCGCAAGGAUAAAUCAGGCCAUCAAAAAAGACGACUGA